AUGUCGGCUCCAUGUCAUUGCAGUGGCGCCAAUUCAAAAAAUUUCUCCACUAACUUAUCACCUGAAUUACAGAAAGAAUUUGAAAAUCCAGAACAUCCUGCAAAUUUAAUUUGUGAAUUAUGUAGAUUAUUUUAUGAUAAUAAUUGGGUAACUGGGACUGGUGGUGGAAUCUCAAUACGAGAUGUGGAUGGCUUGAAUCCAAAUCUAGUUUAUAUAGCCCCAUCAGGUGUUCAAAAGGAAAGAAUAAAACCUUGGGAAAUGUUUUUGGUAGAAUUACCAAAUGAAAAAUUGUUAAGAACACCAAAUGAUAUACCGAAAGAAUUAACAAAAAGUUACAAGUAUAAACCAAGUGCUUGUACUCCUUUAUUUAUGAGUUGCUAUAAAAUGAGAGAUGCUGGAGCAUGUAUCCAUACUCAUUCACAAAAUGCAGUAAUGAUAACUUUAUUAUUGGAGAAUAAGUCAUAUUUUGAAAUUAGUCAUAUUGAACAAAUAAAGGCUUUACCGAAAUUAAAUUUCAAUGAUAAAAUUCAAAAAGUCGAAAAAAUUGGCAACAUGGAAUAUUAUGAUAAAUUAGUUAUACCGAUAAUUGAAAAUACUCCACAUGAAGAAGAUUUAACUGAUUCUUUACAAGAAGCAAUUAAAAACUAUCCAGGAACUUCAGCCGUCUUAGUCAGAAGGCACGGAAUAUACGUAUGGGGUGAAACCGUUUGGAAAGCCAAAGUUUAUAAUGAAGCAAUUGAUUACCUAUUGGAAUUAGCAAUUAAAAUGCAUAAUUCUGGGAUCUCAUUAGUAAAAUAA